ACUGUCAGAAGCACUUCAAAUCACAGGAACACUGACACCAUCUCAAAGCAUUAAAACAUAUAUUGUCUCUCACACACACGCUAGUAUAUCACUCAGAGGCGUCAGUCUUUCCAUUUUAAUUAUGUUUUGGAGAAUGAGAAGUGUACCCAGCAAAUGUAUAUCCAGUGAACUUUUAAACCCUGUCACAAAUGUAUCUGUUUUCCCAGCACUAAUGGGAUUAUUUGAACAUGGUGGCAGCAACAAAAAUGUGCGUGUGCAGUAAAAAGGGCUGACUGGGGGAAACUGAAGACAAUUUGCUUGGUAGUAUAAUUGUUAUGAUAAACUAGGUAACUGUAAAUUCUAAUUUUGUGGCAAUCUGUAUGGAUCAGAUCAGGUGAAGAUAAGUUAACAGUAAUUUAGAUCUUCAAGACAAUUGACCUUCAUGAAACAAGGGAGAAAUUAUUUAAUAGUUAAUGUUUUAAUUGUAUCCUAAAAUCCAUCUAGUACUUCAAAACAAUAUCAUGUUUAAAUUGAGCAUUUUUAUAGUUAUCUAUACAGGAUGUUGAGAGUAUAAUAUUAUUACUAUUAUGAGCAAAGCAGCAAUUGCAAACUGAAUUUUGUUUGUUUCAGGCUUAUUUCCUCAGAUGUCAGUUUAGACGCAGGCUAAUCAGUUUUUCUACAUCUACACACACGUCAUUGUAAUCUUUCUUUCAUAUUUUGUGUUCAUAUAAACAAAUUUUUUGAUUUGACUUUUUUCUUGUUUUCUUUUUUUGACAUAGUUUACCCUUUUUAUCUCAAUGACUUCAUCUUAUUUGUGAAGUUUAUUGGAAUCAGAGUCAGAGGAAAGCGAGAUAGGAAAAACACAUGAUAAUGGCUUUACUGUUGUUGUAAUCUCUGGCUCAGAACGUGAUUGUGGGCAUUCUUGAAGUAGGCCCCUAUGUAAAUAUUUUUCACAAAGUAUUUGAAUGUACAGCACACAAGCAUGCACCACAAGCGGAGCGCUGUUUAUAAAAUCUCAGUAGAACCUUUCUUUUCAUGUGAAUUACAGGUGAGAUGUAAUCUGUUCACAUUAGUGUGGACAGAGCCUAAAUCCUAGAUUAAUGAGCUUCAGGAGCUCAAGGAGUUUUGUCUAAACAACAAAAAAAGAAAAACAAAUGGAAACUUAAAAAAAAAAAUAAGACCAAGCAACAAGAUUUGCAGUUUUUUGGAAAAUAGUUGACUCACAUUUUGUCAUGGUACAACCUCAUACUCAAUGUAUUCACUGGGAUUCAUGUGGUAGACAAAACAGUACCUAAUUGUGAUGUGAAAGGAAGGUAAUACAUGUUUUCAUCUUUAUUUUCAAAUAAGAACCAAAAAAUUUUCAUGUGCAUAUUUAUUCAGCUCCCUUGAAUCUCUACUUCAUAGAUUCAGGGGAGCUGAAUCUAUUUGUAGCUGGAUGGUUUACUGCAGUUAUAGCUAAAGGUCUUUUGGGGAUAUGUUUGUACCAGUUUUGGCCAUUUAAAGGCUGAAAUCUUUACCCAUUUUAUGCAAAUGAUCUCAAACUCAGUCUGGAGAUCAUCUGUGAACUUCAGUGUUCAAGUAUUGACACCUAUUGUCAUUUGUAUUUAGGUCUGGAUUUUUGGUGUUCUAUCACAUGAAUGUGCUUUUAUCUAAAUUUGAUCUAAAUUUGAUCUACAUUGUAGCUCUGGAUGUAUUCUUAGGGUCACCCUGCUGGUGAACCUAAGCCCCAAUUUCAAGUCCUUUGCAACCUCUAUCACAUUUUUUUCUAGUAUUACCCUGUAUUUAGCUCAUCUCCCCAUAAAUUCUGACCCACUUCCAUUUAACUGUUGAAAAAAAUAUUCCCACAGCAUGAUGCUGCCACUACCAUGUUUUAUAGUUGGAAUGGUGUAUGCGUGGUGUAAUCCAUGUACUCACUUUGUUACACUUUGGUCUAAUAUAAUUCAAUUCAGUUUAUUUGUAUAGCGCAAAUUCACAACACGUCAUCUCAAGGCACUUUAUAAAGUCAAGUCAAUCGAAUCAUACAGAUUUCAAGUUGGGUACAUACAUUCCAAUUAAUCCUAACUAUCAAACAGUGCAGUCGGAUCAUUUAAUCAAAGCACCUUGUUUAUUUGGGUUUGUCCCCUAUAUGAGUUUUAGCAGGACUUAUUAAGAUUUUCUUUCAACAGCAGCUUUCUUCUUGUCAAUCUUCUAUAAAGGCCAGGUUUUACAAACAGUAAAAGGGUACUUGGGUUACGUUAGAUUUAAUUUAGGGUUGUUAGAGAAAAGGAGCCCCAAAAACAAGUACAUAUCACAUUUUUCAGAAAUUUUUUUGUAAAACAUUUUGAAAACCAUGCAUCCCUUUCCUCACUCCUCCCAGUUACACACUACUUUGUACUGGUCACCUAAAAUCCUAAUGUGGCUUGUGGGUGUGGUCAGACCCUGAACAGUUGUGAUGGAUUGUUGAGUUACUAAAAGUACACAAUCAUUUUGUUAGAGGAGAAAUCACUUUGAUGAGCAAAUGCUGUGCUGCUAAUUGCUUAAGAAACGAUACUAAUAUAGUUGGAUAUUGUGUUCUCCGUAAAUAAAAUUAUUCUUAGUAAAGUUUUCAAAUUUUAUCAAUUUAAAAAAAAUGCAAGCAAAUUCAAACAAACGGUAUAAGCUUCUUAUUUUGCUGCUUUUUACAGUAAAAUCAAAAUAAUCAAGGUCCCUGUGAUGCUUCAAUAUUUGGGCUUCAAUCCUUAAAUUGAAUAUUCCCUGGAAGAGUUUUUGGUUUGAUUUUAGAGAUCUUUGUGUGUUCUGUAGGUUAGGGCUUAACCAGGGCCUACACAGGGGAGGGUUGCUAGGCAACAUGACCUGCCUUUUAAUAACCGAGUCCAUAUUUUGGAAUGUGCUUUAUGACUUCACAGUUGUGUCACAACAAAACAUUCUAACUUGACAUUCUAAUCUCUCAGAGAGUAACACGAAGCUACGAUAGUUGAAUCUUCCAUUGCUUGUUGGUCAACUGAUAGUCAGUGAAAUCUACAAAAAACAAAGAUGAACAAACAAUCUAACAAGAAGUUUAAAGCCCCAGCCCGCAGAAGAAUUAAAGAGAGCAAGAGACGUAUGACACUACAGAGUCCAGAGUCUGUUGAGGACAGCAGACCAAAGAAAAGGAAAAGAGCUAAAAAUGAGACUCCUAGAAAAAGGACCAGGGUCUCUGAUGUGGCCAGACCCUCCACAAGCUGCCAGGAUCAAAUCAAGACAGUGAUGAGAACAAAAAGGAAAAUAACCAAAGAAGGACAUUCACUGCCAGCCAAGAAGAAGAAGGGACUCCCAGAGCAUAUCCUAACUACAGAGUCAUCUUCCUCCACAGUGGACAUCACCACAGAGUCCAGCAGCUCCAGACUGGUAAUUAACAGUACAGAAACAAGACAUAUAAGUGAGAGAAACCUGAAGAGGAAGGAUGAGGACCUUAAAGAACCACCGAGAAGGAAGAAGAUGAAGAAGAUGGAGGCAGAAAAAGAGAGGGUAGAUUCUCAAAAAGCCGAGUUCUACAAAAAGUAUAUUGAGCUUUAUAAACUGGGAGAAGGAGGCUUUGGAUCUGUGUAUGCAGGCUAUCGAGAGAAGGAUAAAUUACCUGUAGCUAUCAAACAUAUCCUAAAACACAACGUGGUCCUCAAGCAUAAGGUAAGUGAGCAACACCACCUGGGAUUGGUUUUACUUCCUACUGGAUUCCCAGAAGCAUUCUGUGUUUUUCCUGUUUUUGGGAUGUUUCAGGAUGAGAAUGACAGUGAGCUGGCCUUAGAGGUGGUUAUCAUGUUAAAACUGAGGACAGCAAUAGUGGGGCAGCCCAGCAUAUUGUUCCUGCUGGACUGGUAUGAUCUGGACCAGGAGCUGAUUUUAGUGAUGGAGAGGCCCAUCCCUGCUGAAGACCUCUCACAGUACCUUACAGACCACAGAGGUUCCCUAAAGGAGAAGGAGGCCAAGAUCAUACUAAAACAGCUGGUGGAAGCUACGGUUCACCUUGAGUAUGCAAACAUCUUCCACAGGGACAUUAAGGUGGACAAUAUAUUGAUUCAGAGCCGCUCAGAAGGUCCACGAGUCUAUCUCAUAGACUUUGGUUUAAGCUGCUUUGAUGACAAAAAACAACAUCAACUUUUCUGUGGUGUUCCUGAAACCAUGCCACAUGACUGGUUCAUUCACAACUGCUACAUUGCUGGACCCACAACAGUCUGGCAGCUGGGAGUGGUCUUGUUUGAAAUACUCCACAAGAAGCUAUUCAAGACCACCAGCUUCCUUUCAAACAAGCUAAAGAUCAGCAAAAGGCUAUCCAAGAACUGCCAGGAUUUUUUGACAAAGUGUCUGAUGGUUGACGUCGAGGAGCGUCCCACCCUGGAAGAGCUACUGCAUCACCCGUGGUUUUCAUAAACUACACAAACAGACGAACACACACACAAACACACACAUUGCAUACCUCGCUUUUUGUCAUUAAUUCAGUCUAAUUAGAGGUGGAGGAUAUGGCAGUGCUAAAUACUGAAAGACUGGGGUUAGGGUUAAACUACGCAAAAGGGGUAAUCUGGCUUCUGUCCGGGCACUCCAGUUUCCUCUAGAUGAAACAAAAUCAGUAAGAUUAAGUGGAGAUUUAUAGGUCUGGUCCAGGUCCCUUGGUUUCUUCCCCUAAUAUAGAAAUCUUCCAUUUUAAUAUAAUUGGUCAUUUUUGGCUUUUCUCUGGGUGCUCCGGUUUCCUCUAGUUGAAACUAAAUUUGUAAGAUUAACUGGACAUUUAUGGGUCUGCUCCAGGUGCCUGAGUUUCUUCAUUUAGUCCAGAAAUCAUCUAUUUGAUAAUAACUGGUGAUUUUUUUGGUUUUCUCCAGUUGCUCCGGUUUCCUCCUCUAUUCAAAUCAAAAUCAGGAAGGUAAAUUGGUGAUUGGUGGAUUUGCUUUGGGUGCUCCAGUUUCCUCCGCUAGUCUAGAAAUCAUCCAUUUUAUGAUACCUGGUGAAUUUUUGGCUUUUCGCCGGGUGCUCCGGUUUCCUCUAUUUGAAACAACAUUAGUAAGAUAAAUUGGUGAUUGGUGGAUUUGCUUCGGGUGCCCCAGUUUCCUUCUCUAGUCUAGAAAUCAUCCAUUUUAUAAUAACUGGUGAUUUGUUUUGGUUUUCUCCAGUUGCUCCAGUGUUCUCCUCUAGUCAAAACAAAAUCAGUAACUUUAAUUGGUUAUUGGUGGGUUUGCUUUAGGCGCCCUGGUUUCCUUCUCUUUUUUCCCUCUAGUGUAGAAAUUAUGCUUUUUAUAAUAACUGGUGAUUCUUUGGUUUUCUCCAGUUGCUCCGGUUUCCUCCUCUAUUCAAAACAUAAUCAGUAAGGUAUAUUGGUGAUUGGUGGAUUUGCUUUGGGUGCUCCAAUUUCCUCCUCUAAUCUAGAAAUCAUCCAUUUUAUAAUACCUGGUGAUUUUUGGCUUUUCUCUGGGUGCUCCGGUAUCCUCUUGUUGAAAACAAAUUAGUAAGGUAAAUUGGUGAUUGGUGGAUUUGCUUCAGGUGCCCCAGUUUCCUUCUCUAGUCUAGAAAUCAUCCAUUUUAUAAUAACUGGUGUUUUUGUUUGGUUUUCUCCAGUUGCUCCAGUGUUCUCCUCUAGUCAACGCAAAAUCAGUAACUUUAAUUGGUGAUUGGUGGGUUUGUUUUAGGUACCCUGGUUUCCUUCUCUUCAUUUCCCUCUAGUGUAGAAAUUAUGCUUUUUAUAAUAACUGGUGAUUUUUUGGAUUCUCCAGUUGCUCUCUUGUUGCCAUCGUUUCUGCUGUGGGUGCCGUGUUACACAGAUUGGCUCUGUUGGGUUCUGUGGGUCUGUGAGGUUGGUUGUGCUGCUAGAUGGGGCUGCUGUGAAGGCUUUCAGGUGACUACUUGGGGAGACACUGUUUUGCAGCUUCUUGUGGUUUAUGGUUCACAGUCAUUUCUGAUUUGGAUUUUUUUUGCUCUGCUGGAUCUUCUGGGCUUCCUGCAGUGGGGUGUGCAUCAUGGUUGUUUAGUGAGCUUAUCCAGGAGUUGGUCUGAACUUGUUGAUUAGGUGCAUCUUAUAUGUAGUGGUGGUUUGACCUGGUGGUGGUCAUCUGUGUAACAUUGGCAAUGUUGGCUGGGUUGCAAAACUCAGCUUUUUGCAAGUCUUUGAUUGUUGUAUCUGCCCUCUAGAUUCUGCACUGGGUUGGAAUUGCUUUCACAGUUGCUGCUUGCAUGGUGUGUAGGGGACCAACAUUUUGGGAUACCAAUGCCUUUUUUAUAUUGGUGAUUAGCUUCUUUGCCUUGUUGCAACAAGGACCAGGGGUCAAACCCCGGUCAGGGCUUUUCGGCUUGGGGUUUGCAUGCUCUCUGGUUUACUUUUAUGCAUGUAUUUAUUUUUUCUGUAUCUGUGAAGGUAUGUGUAUGUACAUAAAUGUGUAUGCAUGAAUAUAUAUCUCUGUGUAUAUAAAUGUAUGUUUUCUCCUUUCAGUUUGUCAUUGUUGUUGCCAUCAUUGUCAGCCAACACCAUCCAGCCGGUGAUGUACUCUUGAUGUUUUUUCCUGAUUCCAGAUCCUCCCCGACCCAGCAUUUAUGUGUGUAUGUAACUCUUUCCUGUCCUCUCCACCCCCAGCCAGUCGAAGCAGACGGCUGCCCAUCCUGAGCCUGGCUCUGCUAGAGGUUUUUUCCUGUAAAAAGGCUUUUCCUCUCCACUGUCGCCCUGUGCUUGCUCAGGAUGGGGGAUUGUAUUGAAGUGAAAAUUUGAUGCAAUCUGCUGGUUUCCU